CUCUCCUUUUCGUGCUGCCUCUCUGCUCUGUCACCCUCUGUGUUCUUAACCAAAACCAAUAACUCAACUCUUAACCCCUCACCUAACUACGCCGCAAAACGCCCCCCAUCUCCCGUCCUCAACUUCGCGGGGAUACACACGCAUGGCCCGUUAUUGCGGUAGCCUUAUUUCGCACUCGCGCUAGCGAGCUCUAAUAUUACAAAAGCCACUUUCUACAGAUUACAGCCAUCGCAUGCGACAUUCAUACCGAUGAGUGACAUAACCACGACGGCGCCCGCAGAGGUGCCGACGUCGGCGUCGCCAUCAUUAUCAUCAUUGGCGUCGUCGACCUUGACAUCGGCCGCGGCGGCGGCGACGAGUAGUACGAUCGAAGAAGGACCGGGUUCAGCCCAGGAAGCGACUGGUAUUAGCCUCGUUGCUUUUGUGACUGCUUUGGCCGCUUCGUUGGUUGUCUUCGGCAUCCAGACGGGCUUUUUCUUAUUAUUACGGAACAAGUUGGUCAGGAUAUUCAAACCAAAAACAUACCUAGUACCCGAACGAGAACGUACCGAUUCACCCCCCGCCAACCAUCUGGCCCUGGCGUACAAGCUCAUGAGCUUCGAGGAUCGCGAAAUCAUCAAGAAAUGCGGUCUCGACGCCUACUUCUUCCUGCGCUACCUACAAACCCUCCUCAUCAUCUUCAUCCCCAUCGCCGUAGUGGUAAUCCCGGUCCUUGUUCCUCUCAACUACAUUGGCGGCCUGGGGCGCGAAGUCGUCGUCAACAAUAGCACCGAAGGCGAAGAAGCCGACGCCAGCAUCCCCACGGGAUUGGAUACGCUAGCAUGGGGAAACGUCGCUCCAAACAGGCAAAACCGGCGCUGGGCUCACCUUGCUCUCGCCCUCAUCGUCAUCUUGUGGGUCUGCGGCGUCUUCUUCGCCGAGCUGAGGGUUUACGUCAAGAUCCGCCAGGAUUAUCUAACCAGCGCCGAGCACCGCCUGCGCGCCUCGGCGAACACGGUGCUCGUGAGCUCCAUCCCCGAAAAGUGGCUCAGCGAGGAAGCCUUGAGAGGCCUGUUUGACGUGUUUCCCGGAGGCAUUAGAAAUGUCUGGCUUACCCGGGACUUCACGCCGCUCCUCGCCAAGGUCCACGAGCGCGACGCCAUCCACAAGCAGCUGGAGUCGGCCGCGAGCGAACUGAUCCGCAGCGCGAAGAGGUCUCAGCUCAAAAAGGAGGGGGAAAAUGGCAUCAUGCACAGGAUCAAGGCCGUCACCACGGAGAACAGGGCCGACAGAGCGCAGCGCUCAAAGGCCGAGGACGACGAGGCUCGGAGACGCGCCGAAGGUGCCGGUGGUCUGAGUGCCAACACGCCACACGUCCCCCAGGGCGUGCACGAGGCGAUUGCCGACACGGACAGCAGGAGCGACAGCGAUACCGAUACCCAAGGAGAACCUGAGGAAGAGAAGCGCCGGGGGCGCGGGAACCCGCUCGCUAAGAUUGGGGAGGGCCUGGGCAGAGGGGCCGGCAAGGGCGCUGCUCUCGCCACGGGGGCCGGCCUAGGCAUCCUUGGGGGGGCGAAAGCCGUCCGAAAAGGCGUCAAUCAGGAGCUGGACCGGACUGCUGGUUUCGAUUUUGCGGUCACGGGAGGCCCUCAGGGACCGCCUUCCAUGACGACGCUCGACCCGGACUCUCCUAAGCGGGACUACGGUGCGGACGACGAGGAGAGACCCAAGAUGUCGUUUACAUCGCAAGCCCCGUUGACCAACAACGCCCGCCAUGCCCACACCUCGUCCGACGCCUCAGACCCUAACAAGGAAGGUCCCGAACCUAAACUUUUCGGCAACACAGUCCGCCGUGCUACUAACAUGGAGGAGAUGAUCGUUACCGACAAGACGCGGUGGUACGAGUUCUGGAAGCCGCCCAGCGGAAGCUACGCAUCCCCGAUCCCCCAGGGCGCUGAGCAAGGCGAAUACCCGUGGAAGAAGAAGAAGUCGUUCUGGGAACUUGUCAAAGACGCGAUUCCCUUCGUGGGCGCCGAUAUCCCGCCGAUCGACUACCCACCCGCGUAUACGCACGAUUACAAAAAGCAGCCAGAGGACGACGCGGAAUGGAGGAAAUGGCUCGAGCCAAGGGAGCGCCCGCACCACCGGAUUGCCAACUUCAAGUGGACCCCCGCGUGGUUGCCCGCCCUACCCCUGAUCAACAAGAAGGUGGACACCAUCUACUGGUGCCGCGCCGAGCUCGCCCGGCUGAACUUGGAGAUCGAAGAGGACCAGCAGCGACCCGAGCGCUACCCUGUCAUGAACUCGGCCUUCAUCCAGUUCAACCACCAGGUCGCCGCCCACAUGGCCUGCCAGUCGGUUACCCACCACGUCCCGAAGCAGAUGGCGCCCCGCAUGGUCGAAAUCUCGCCGGGCGACGUCCUCUGGGACAACAUGGCCAUCUCGUGGUGGGGCGAGUGGCUGAGGAGCGCCAUCGUCUUCGCCCUGGUGUCCGCCAUGGUUGUUCUCUGGGCCUUCCCGGUCGCCUGGACUGCCUCGCUCUCCCAGAUCGACGCUCUGGUUCGAAAGUACAACUGGCUCUCGUUCCUGGUCGAAAACGAGGUCAUCAACAACGCCAUCAAGGCGGUUGCCGGUGUCCUGCCCGCCCUGGUCCUGUCCAUCAUCCUGGCGCUGGUGCCCGUCUUUCUGAAUUUGUUGGCCGAGUUCCAAGGAUCCAAGACCGGCUCGCGGAAGACCGAGACGGUCCAGAUCUACUACUUUGUCUUCCUCUUCGUCCAGGUCUUCCUGGUCGUCUCCAUCGCCUCCGGUACCUUCCAGACGCUCGCCAACAUCUCCAAGGACUUCACGACCACGCCGAACGUCCUAGCCGAGAACCUCCCCAAGGCGGCCAACUACUUCUUCGCGUACAUGAUUCUGCAAGCGCUCUCGACGAGCUCGGGAACGCUGUUACAGAUCGGAACGCUCCUCGUCUGGUACUUCUGGGCCAGGAUAGUGGACAACACGGCGCGGGCUAAAUGGACGCGCAACACCCAGCUGCCGACCGUCCAGUGGGGUUCCUUCUUCCCGGUGUACACCAACUUUGCGUGCAUCGCGCUCAUCUACUCCAUCGUCGCGCCCCUCAUCUCCCUCUUCGCCAUCAUCACCUUCAGCCUGCUCUGGGUGGCGCACCGCUACAACAUGCUCUACGUCACGCGGUUCAAGACCGACACCGGCGGCGUCCUGUACCCGCGGGCCAUCAACCAGACCUUCACGGGUUUGUAUGUGAUGGAGCUGUGCCUCAUCGGCCUCUUCUUCAUCGCCGAGGACGAGACGGGCAAGAACGUGUGCUUCCCGCAGGGCAUCGUCAUGGUGAUCGCCCUCAUCCUCACCAUCCUCUUCCAAUACGUGCUCAACUCCUCCUUCGGCCCGCUCUUCCGCUACCUCCCCAUCACCUUCGAGGACGAGGCCGUCCUCCGCGACGAAGCCUUCCAGCGCGCCCAGGCCCGCCGCCUCGGCCUGCUCGGCGACGACGACGACGAGGCCACCUCCCUCCACCGCCCGGGCACCGCCGACACCGACAACAACCAGCAGCAACAGCAGCACGCAGCAGACGACAUCGAGCUCGAAAAAAUGGCCGGCGCCGGCCGCGGCCACAGCACCAACCCACGCCACCACGCACGAACGGGCUCCGUCCUCAACCGCCUCGCCCCGGUCAACAAGGGCAUCGCACACGCCAGCACGUGGGCCGCGCGCGGCGGCAAACAGAUCCGCGCGGCCACCUUCGGCAAAGCCGAAGAGGGCCUGCGCACGGCGGCGCAGUACCGCAAGACGCGGCGGCAGCGGGACCUCGAGUCCCAGCGCGCCAUGGGCGACGCGCUCUACGGCGGCUACUGCGACGUCAUCGAGGACCUGACGCCGCGCGAGCGCGACGUGCUCGUGCGCAAGGCCUUCCAGCACUCGGCGCUGCGGGCGCGCCGGCCCGUGGUGUGGAUCCCGCGCGACGAUAUCGGGGUCAGCGAUGAUGAGAUCAGGAGGACGAAUCAGUUUAGCGGGUAUAUUUCGAUUACGAACGAGGGGACGGCGCUGGAUAGUCGGGUGCGUGUGCUGUAUGGGCGGAAUCCGCCGGAUUUUUCGGAGGUGGAUCUGAUUAAUCUUUGAGGUGGUGGUGGUCGGUGAGUGACAAUGGUCCUGGUGGGGGAGGGGAGUUGAAGGCGGGGGUGGAUGGAUGAGAUAGAGGGAAGAGCUAGGUGCAUGCAUACAUACAUACAUUGGGAGAGGUAAAAAAUACCCAUGGCGUCUUGGGGUUGGCUUGGGUUGAUUGGUUUGGUUUUGUUUAAUUUAGUUUGGAGAGCAAGCAUCGGAUUCAGUGCAUCUCAGACGGGGAUAAGCAUCGCAUCGCAUCGGCAUUGGGCGUGGUGGAUGUACAUAGAUAGCAUACGCAUACCAGCACCAGCUCAGGAAUAGCAUUGCAUAUAACACCCAACCUCACUUU